UGGGCAGAGAUGGCGGCUGCUGUGGCUUUGCGGGCCGCCACCCGGCUUCCCACGUCUUGGGCUGCUGGGACAGGGUAUUUAUGGACAAGGCAGCUUUACCCAACUACAUUACCUGUGAUUUCCAGUUUUACUUCGAGGGUCCCCCCUUACAAUGGUAGUUUUGUAUGUCAAGGAGCCAGGAGUUAUCAUUAUACCAACUUGGCCCAUGCCUUCCAGACUCAGUGUUGUAUUUCUGCUCCUGGCACAUUGAUAGGACAACAAAGACACUAUAGUUUCUUCACUAAAUUGACGGCAGAAGAGCUAUGGAAAGGGGUCUUAGCCGAGUCUGGUGCUGGAGCCAGGAAAGGAAGAGGGAAAAGGACCAAGAAGAAGAGGAAAAGGGACCUCAACAGGGGACAGAUUAUUGGUGAAGGGCGUUCUGGUUUCCUAUGGCCUGGUUUGAAUGCCCCUGUUUUAAAACAGGGCAUGAUUCAGUCAGUUGGCCAAAGAGGCAAAGAAGAACAGGAAAAGAUGCAGGCCGAAAUGAUCCAACAGAGAGACGAGUGGGAGAAAAAGAGAAAAAGGAAGAUUAAACGGGAGAGAGGUUGGACUGGAAGUUCUUGGGGAGGAAUCAGUUUAGGACCCCCAGAUCCUGGUCCUAAUGGAGAAACUUACGAAGAUUUUGAUACCAGAAUAAUUGAGGUAAGAAGUGUUUUCAAUAUGACGGCCAAAGAAGGAAGGAAGAAAUCCGUGCGGGUCCUGGUGGUAGCUGGAAAUGGAAAAGGAGCUGCAGGUUUUGCUGUGGGAAAAGCCCCUGACCGGGCCAAUGCAUUUAGAAAAGCAAAGAAUAAAGCGAUUCAUUAUUUGCAUUACAUAGAAAGAUAUGAAGACCAUACAAUUUACCAUGAUAUUUCUUUAAGAUUUAAGAGAACACAUAUCAAGAUGAAGAAGCAGCCCAGAGGUCAUGGUCUCCAUUGUCAUCGAGCCAUUAUUACAAUUUGCAAGUUAAUUGGAAUUAAAGAUAUGUAUGCAAAGGUUACUGGAUCACGCAAUUUAAUUAAUCUAACCAGAGGACUCUUUCAUGGAUUAUCAAAACAGGAAACUCAUCAGCAGUUGGCAGAUAAGAAAAGUCUUCAUGUUGUUGAAUUCCGGGAUGAAUGUGGUCCCCUGCCCAUAGUGGUUGCUUCUCCUCAAGGAGCAAUUAGAAAAGAGCCUGAACCCGAACUUGAGGUUCCAGAUACCAAAUUAGACUGGGAUGAAGUUAGGAUGAGUCAGGGAAUGAAAAAAUCAGUUUGGGCGAACUUGAAGAGAGCAGCAACCUGAGCAUUCAUUCACCUCUUGGAGCUAAAUUAAGGUCCAAAAGGGGCAAACAGAAAAGAUUCAACUAAACUGUGCCCUGAGAUUGACUUUCCAGAAAAAGUAAAAGUCCCAGGUGAGGAUGGCGCAGCUGUCACUGGAUUGAAUGCAGCUCUUCGUUUUUACUGUAUCUGGACUUCUCAGUGUAUUGUUGAAUUUGCUGGCAAGUUGGGUUUUAAAUUCUGGGUAUUUUCAUACAUGCUCCAGUCAGAAGCUCCCUUUUUAUAGAAUGUGAGACUCAUCAGUUCAGUGUAACAUUAUGUAAUGAAAUAUCCAAAUAAAACUGAUUCUGAUUUUUACAAAAUUCAAUUGAAAACUC